AUGAAUGAUUCACCAAUAAUAAGUGUAGUUUUACCUUUUUUAAUAAAGGACAAUGACGAUAAAUCAUUAAAUUACCAAGGAAUAAAUAAUUUAAUAAUAUCAAUAGAUAGCAUUAUUGAACAAACUUUUAAAGAAUGGGAAUUAAUUUUAGUUGAUGAUGGAUCAAAUAAUGAAAUUUUGGAGCAAUUACUUUCAAAAAGAUAUAGUACAGAUAAUAGAAUUAAAUUCAUAAUAAAUAAAGAGAAUAAAGGUAUUGUUAAAAGUUUAAAUGAUGCAAUUUUAAAUCAUUGUUCACCAACUUCAAAAUAUAUUGCUCGUAUGGAUUCUGAUGAUAUUUCUCAUCCAACAAGAUUACAAUCUCAACUUAAAUAUCUUCAAUCAAAUGAAACAAUUGAUAUAUUAGGUUGUCCAAUUAAAAUGUUUAAUAAUAAUAAAUUAAUUGAAAUUUUAAAUAAUAAUAAUAAUAAUAAUAAUAUUAAUAAUAAUGUGAAAGAGUUAAUUAAUAUAAUUAAUAAUGAAGAAUCUUUUAAAUUUAUUCAACAUCCUGAUAAAGAUAUUUUAAUGUGGUCAAUGUUUUUCAAUUGUUGUAUUGUUCACCCUUCUGUAAUAUUUAAAAGAUCGAUAUUCACUAUUGAACAUUGUUAUGAAGAAAACAACCAAUUUCCAUUCAUUGAAGAUUACUUAUUUUGGUUAAAAUCCUUAAUAAUGAAAGGUUUAAAUAUUUCAAAUAUCCAAUCAUCAACACCAUUACUAUAUUUAAGAAAACAUAAUAACUCUAUAUCUUUUAAAAAUAUUGAAAAACAAAAAGAUUCCACUGCUAAUGCAUCUUGUUAUUAUCUAAAUAUACUUUUUAAAAGAUUUAAUAUUGAUUCUGAAAUUAUUCAAAAUUCUUCACUCUCAAUGAAAGAAAUUAUUCAGUUCUUUCAACUUUCACCAUCAUCUUUAUCAAAAAUCAAUAAUAUUUCAAUUGAAUUAUUUGAAUUUGCAUUUAAAUAUCUAGAAUUAAUUGAAAAAUCAUGUACAAAACAACAACCAAACUAUUCAAACAGUAUAAAAGAUGCAGCAAAUGAAAAAAUGGGUGAAUUAGUAUCUUUAUGUUUAUCAAAUUAUCCAAAUAAUCAAAAAUCAUCAUUACUUUGGGAAAAAUGGUUAUCAAGAAAUCCAACCUCACAAUUACUAUCACUUUUAUCAAAUUUAAAUGUAAAAUCUUCAACUACUAUAAUUAAUAAUAAUAUUAAUAAUAAUAAUAAUAAUAAUAAUAAUAAUAAUAAUAAUAAUAAUAAUAAUAAUAAUAAUAAUAAUAAUAAUAAUAAUAAUAAUAAUUCAAUUUUAAAUUUUAUAUCUGGCAUUAAUAGUAAUAAAAUAAAUACUCCAAAAUCUAAUAAUAAUAAAUUUAAAGAAAAUGGAAUUAGAAUAAUUUGUUUCUCAAAAGAUAGAGCAUUUCAAUUAAAAGAAUAUCUUAGAACAUUUUUUAAAUAUUUAAAAAAUGAUGAUAAUGGAAAUGAUAAAUUUGAAAUUAUUGUUGAUGUAUUAUUUACAUAUUCAAAUGAGAAAUUCAAAAACUCUUAUCAAUUAGUUAUUGAAAGUUUUCCACAAGUUAAUUUUAUUAAAGAAGAGAAUUUCACUGAUCAAUUAAUUAAUUUAGUUCAAAAAACAAAUAAACUUGAAUAUGUCAUGUUUUCAGUUGAUGAUAUUCUUUAUUAUAAUGAAUUCAAUCUCAAAGAAUAUUGUUUAUCUUUGAAUAGUGAGCCAUUGGCAUUAGGUUUCUAUAUGAAGUUAAAUAAAAAUAUUACCUAUUGUCAUACUUGUAAUCAAGAUAUAACAAUACCAUUAAAUUCAAAUACUAUUAGUAGAACAGAGAAUAAUUUUAAAUAUUUAAAAUGGAAUAGAAAUGAUAAUGAUUGUAAAAAGGAUUGGAAUUAUCCAUGGGAUUUAUGUUCAACCAUUUAUAGAUGUAAUGAUAUUGAUUCAAUCAUUAAUGGUAUAGUUAAAUAUUAUGGAAUUAGAAAUGGUAUUAAUCAUCCAAAUAGAUUCGAAUUCAAUGGUAAUAGACCAAUCAUUCAAAAGCAAAUCUAUCAAAAUAAACCCUACUGUUUAUGUUUAUCAGAUCACUAUUCUCCAAUGUCUGUUGUAACUAUUAAUAGAGUUCAAGAUGUCUAUGAUAAUCCAAUUUAUGACCAAACCCUAUCUUUAGAUGAUUUAGAUCAAUUACUUUAUUCAAACAAAUCAUUAAAUGAUGAAAAAUAUAAAGAAAAUAGUUUAUCUUUAAAUUUUAAAAGUGUUCAUAUUGGUGAACUUUUUAUUUCUUAA